CCCUGUCAUUAUCAUUUCUCCCACUCUCUUUCUCUUCAGUGAUCGUCUUCUCUUCGAUUAAGGAGGAACAAAGAGGAGUAAAAAAGGAAAGAAGGAAAACCUAAUCUACAGAUCUGCCAUGGCAUCCACCAAAGAACGCGAGAACUUCGUCUACACCGCCAAGCUCGCCGAACAGGCAGAGCGCUACGACGAGAUGGUGGAUUCCAUGAAGAAAGUCGCGAAUCUCGAUGUCGAAUUGACCAUCGAGGAGAGGAAUCUGCUCUCCGUCGGAUACAAGAACGUGAUUGGAGCCCGCCGCGCGUCGUGGCGGAUCCUCUCUUCGAUCGAGCAGAAAGAGGAAUCGAAGGGGAACGAGCAGAACGCGAGGCGGAUCAAGGAGUAUCGGCAGAAGGUCGAAUCUGAGCUCACCAGCAUCUGCAAUGAUAUCAUGACCGUGAUCGACGAGCAUCUCAUCCCUUCGUCCACCGCAGGAGAAUCGACGGUCUUUUACUACAAAAUGAAAGGUGAUUACUAUCGUUAUCUUGCGGAGUUCAAAAAUGGUAAUGAGAAGAAAGAGGCAGCCGAUCAAUCUCUGAAAGCAUAUCAGACAGCUUCGACCACAGCAGAAGCAGAUUUGUCUCCUACGCAUCCAAUCCGAUUGGGCUUGGCAUUGAACUUCUCCGUCUUUUAUUAUGAGAUUAUGAACUCACCUGAAAGGGCUUGCCACCUGGCUAAGCAAGCUUUUGAUGAAGCCAUUUCUGAGCUUGACACUCUGAGUGAAGAAUCUUACAAGGAUAGCACUUUGAUCAUGCAACUUCUGAGGGAUAAUCUCACCUUGUGGACUUCUGACAUUCCAGAGGACGGAGAAGACCCUCAGAAGAUGGACAGCAGCAGCGCAAGAGCUGGUGGAGCUGAAGAUGCAGAGUGAUGCAAGUGGAAUUGAAGCCCAAGAGCCAUGUCUCUCGGGUAAACAGGAGGAUACUUUUUUCUCAUGGGGUUGUUGGGAAUCCCAUUGCACCUCUUGGCUCCGUAGCUUUUGUCAUUUGGAGUUCCAUGUAUGCAAUAUAGUUGGAUUAUUUGGGUUUGUGUUUCACUUUCAAUCCCAAUCGUUUAGCUUUGCUGAUGUUAAAUGUCCAGUGAGAACUGGUAUUUGCUAGAUUAGAGAUGUACUUUUUUGUA